AUGGCUAACAAUCAACUAAUAAUUGUGAGCACUUUGUUCUUUGCCAUCUCAUUGGUACAUGGACUCACACCUUUGGAGGAGUUUGUCUCUCGUCCAGAUCAAGGUAUCUCAUACUUUGUCAAUCACACAUUCAAUGGCGAUGGCUACAAGGUCUAUGCUUUGAACUUUACCUCGCUCAACUGGUUGCAGCCACCCUUGACUGAUAAGCCACGUUGGAACCACAUGUUGUAUGUUUGUGUACCAACGUUUGUAACGACCAAGACAGCAUUCCUUUACAUCCAGUCGCCCUACUCAUCGAUCACCGUGCCCAACACCACAACCCUGCAUCCAAUGGCCGACUCUUUCUGCAAGAACUCCAACUCAAUCACUGCCGUGAUCGACCAAGUUGGCAACGCACCACUUGUCCAAGCAGACGGAGUCUCGCGUGCUGAGGACACCCUGAUGGCAUGGUCGUGGGCCACAUACAUGCAGAACACCAGCAACACCGAGAUCAUCAACAACUUCCCAAUCACAAAGGCUGUCGUUCGCGCCAUGGAUGCUGUCCAAUCGUUCACCAAGACCGCCCUGUCAAUCCGCGUCAAGGACUUUGUAGUGGCCGGUCCCUCAAAGCGUGGCCUGGCUGCCUGGCUUGCUGCCGUCACCGACACAUGUGUCAAGGCCAUCGUGCCACUCGUGGCUGCCAUGCUCCACACCAAGACCUUCAUCAACAACCAUGUCCGCGCCUAUGGUGGCUUCUCGUUCGCCUUUUACGACUACUUCCUUGGUGGCGUAACGGCCAUGGUCAACCACCCUCAGUUCGAUGCCCUACACCUCAUUCUUUGGCAACCAAGUCUACACCACCGACUUCUUCUACGCGCCAAACACAUUCCCAUUCCCAAGUUGUGGACUCGACUGUGCCAAUGCUCCAUUCAUGGUCUAAUGGAUAAUAUAUAUUACAUUAGUUUAUUGAUCAAUGUCCAACUGACUCUUGUUGGAUCACCUUUUUGA